AUGCAUUUGCAUGGUUUAAAUCUUUUUCUAGUGGUAACCAUUCUUAUUGGAUUGAUCUCAAAGACUGUAGAAAUUAGUAUUAAUAAACGGUACCUAAAUAGUGUAGAAGACUUCAAAGACAUAGUUGAAGAAAAAGAAUCGGAUAGAGAUCAUGCUAAUGCCAAGGAUAUAUCUGCUCCAUUGACUAAGCGAUUUAAAGAGCUUGAAAACCACAACGUCUGGCCUCUACCCAGAGUUAAAACUGACGUUAAAAGUGUAGACAGACAGCCAGCGUUAGUUAGAAAUGUUAAUAAGAAGCUUAAAAGUAAACAAGGUAGUUCUAAUAUGUUUGUUAUGAAGAAAAUGAGGUAUCCAGAACGAUACUACGUUGUUAGGAAAAAGGGAAGGCAUCGAAAUGCUCGAAAUAAGAACAUAAAUAUUAAAAGUAAUAAAGUUAAUGUUUUAUCAAACGAUGAAUGUAAUAAAAUCGAUUAUAAUUGUCAGUUGAGGGCAAGAUCUGGUAAUAAUGAUGACAAAUCUGAACAAAUUGAGUCCAUAACAGUAAAUCAUGACCAGUUGGGUAUUGAAGAUCUUAAAGUUUCAGAUAAUUUAAAUGAAAAACCCAGUUGUGAAGAAUUAAACAAAAUAUUUCAUGAAGUACCUUUCAUUCACGACAUGGUUCAAGCGUUACUUGAAAGAAACUCACCGAGAAACGUCAACGAUGCUUGGAAAACCAUCAAAUGUGCAAUUCGCCAGGAUCCAACUAUUUUAAAUAAUGGCCAGCUAGAUAACGGAAAACAGUGCUUUCAAAAAUUUGUUAGAAACAACAGAAAACGACGUCAUUCAACAUACAUAAAUUUUAAGAAUCAUAAGAAAAAGAUCAACACAAAUCUGGCAAAAAGGAGUUCCCAAAAUGACCCCAGGUUUGACGCUAUAGUUGAUUUUAUAAUUAAAAAUAAAAUGUUUUCAGAUAAUUUUACUUACGUCCCUAUCGUGUUUGCUAAAGUGACUAACAAUGGAGGUAAUGUUACCAAUGGAAGUUCUGAAACUUUUACUCAGAAAAUGCUGCAAGAGAAAAAUUUAACAACUGCAAAUGGAAUGAAUGGUUCUUUUUCAACGAUAAAAGACGUGGAAUCAAGUACCAUUUCUUUAAGAGAUAAUGGAAUAAAAGUCAACAAUACGACAUCCAACUAUGCCGAUUACAGUACAGUAACAAAAGUUUCCAGAAAUAUUUCGAACAUUUUUCGGAGAGAGGAUAAUACAUUGCAACCAAGCAGUGGGAUGAAUGAUACUGAAUUAGUUAUUCCUGAACCGGAGCAAAACCCAUUGGAAUUGGGAAUACCUGAGGAAGAUGCUGUUGUGGAACAAUAUGACGAAACAUCUACUGAUUUGUCGCAAAAUGGUACAUAUACUAAGGGUGUAACUCUUAAGAUAAAUAACACAACUCCUAAUAGCAUUACCAGCAGUCAAAAUUCUAAUAGAAAGAAAAAGAACAUUAGUGAAAUAGUUUUAGAACCUAUUCAAACAGAUAAAGCAUUGAGGUCAAAAAAUUAUGAAGUAGAAUAUUCAACAGAUGCUGGAGAAGUACCAAUUACUUUCGCUUUAAAUGAUACAAAUAUCCUAUAUAAUGCUACAGCUACGUGCCAAUUCACUACACUUAGAAAUUUUAUUGCGAACGAAACUUGCCAAACUGAGCAAGCUGUUGCAGAAACUACUGAAAACAAUUUUAUAAAACCUGCACAAAAUACAACAAAUUUAUCCAUUUUACAGUCCAAUAAUAAUAAAGCACUUCAGUCUAAGAAUAAUGGUACUAAUGUAUAUAAGACUGUUACAGACAUCGAUCUUUAUUCUGACAGCUAUAGUACUACAGUUUUAAAUAAUGAAAGCUCAAUUAUUGAAAGCCUAGAACAAAAUUGUACAAAUAAUUAUAGUAUAGACCUUAUGAACAGCACAACCAUAAAUGCUACAGUUUUUGAAAACAAAAACCAAACCGUAGGUCCAGUAAACUUGUUAAAAGAAACUUUAAUCAAAGGUGGUAUCACUAACGAUAAUUUUAGUUCCUUAAAGAAAUCAUUGGCUGAAAAUACUACACAAUACAGCUUUAUUAAUGAAAGUACACGCUCAAUUGGUAGUAGUAUAAAAGUAGAACUUGCUGUAGCUGUAAAUGUAAGUGAUAAUCUGUGUAUUACUAGCAAUGGGAGCAUUACCACCGUAGGUGCCAUAUCUGAAAGCUUUAUUAACAAUAAUAGCAUUGCUUUGUCUGGCAGUAGUCCUAACGGUACUAAAAUGAUCAAUAUCAAUCCUGUUACCGAAGCUAGUAACAAUGGAACUAAUAAUUUUACACAAAAUAUAGAAUUUACUAGUAUUCAAAAUGCUACUAGUAACAAUUUUACUAAUGAAUCAAAUUCUACUACCAAUUACAGUACUAAUGCGUGUAUAACUGUGAACGGUAAAUAUGACACAUCGCUGGACGUUGAAACAAGAUCAGAUAAUAAAAACUUAGUGGAAGGCACUACUACCAGUUUAAAUUUAACUGUUUCCAACCAAACUGAUAAUACAACUGGGAAUAGUACUGUAAUGUUUGAUAGUAUGGAAAGUACUACUAUAAAUACUACUACGUUAAAAAAUGGAAACAGUGGUGCGAUAUACAGUAGCAGUAAUGGUGAUUUUUCAAAUAAUGGUACCAAAAGUGAUUAUGUAAUUUUUACUACAGAGUCCAUUACGAAUAAAAACUUGACGGUAAAUUAUUCAGCACUACCGUCUAAAUUAUACAAAGAACAAGAUAUGGUACCUGGUGUGUUGAUAUAUCGAAAAGAACAAGAAGAAAACAAAAACAUUGCUAAGACCAAACGAGACGUUUAUGAUAUAGUCGAACCAGAAUUAUUUGAUUUUAACAUUCAGUCAAACAUAGGUAUUACAAUAGAAGAACCUAGUGAUGUUAACAACAAUAAGUACGUAGACUUCAACCCUUUGAUAAAGCAAAAGAAAUCAAUAGUACCCUUCAACUGCUCCGAUGAAACAAUGAAAAUGUUGGAUACUUUACAUCAAUUAAACCUAUCAAACUUUGAAGAAGAAACUACUGAAACCAUACAUCUAACUACAAUCACCGAAACCAGUCCGCUACCAAAUUAUGAUCAAGUCCAAAAACUUACUGAUGUUGAUGCAGGCAUUGGAAAAGAUGUUGAUUCUUCACUUUUACAAGAUUCUAAUCAGACUUUUUCAGAAUACCAAAUACCCAGAGUCAAGUUAUUCAAAGUGGGGUAACUUUGAGUAAUUUCGAAAGUACGCUCAGUAUUUCAUUGCAGACUAGUGGAAUAGAUACUGUAGUAUCAAAUGAAACUAGCAUUAAUAUAAAUCCAAAUGAUUUACUUGAAUUAGGCCAACCUGAAGAAGACUUAAAUAUUGUUAGUAACGAGAAAUUAGGUAUACAAGGCUCAAAUAUUAGUGGUAAUAUAAAUGUGAAUUUAUUAGAAACAAAUAAUAUUACCACGCUGUUAAUUACUGUACCAAUGAAUGAGACUUCAGUGACAAUCCCAUUAUCAAAUAGCUUUACUCCGUAUUCAUUAGACACAUCACAACCAACAAAUGUUACUUCAUAUUCAUUACCAAUGAAUUGUACCCCAUUGCCAAUGAACUUUACUUUAAUGUCAUCAGUGCAAGUAGAAAGCAGUGUGCCUAGCUUUACUUUGGAAAUGCAAACUAGCAAUAACACAAACAAUUUGAGUUCUUCAAGUACGCUAACUUCAAUUACUUUUGUUCAAGAUAGUGGAUAUACUAGUACAGCUGGAAAUGUGAACAUUAGUUUCAGUAGUAUAAACCCACUUAUCUUGAACUCUACUUCGAAUCAAUUGUCUCCAAUAACCUCAGAGGAAGCUACAUUACUCAAUAUUGGAAAUAUGUUAGAUGCUGGUGCCAAUAAUACCACUACUAUGAAACCACUUACUCCAGUUAGUAUGUCCACAGAGCUUCAACCAAAUUUGAACAGUUCGAUGAUAAUUAAUUCCACAUCUACACACGCGAAACGUAAUUUAGAAAGCGAUCGUUUAGAGGUUUUAGAAAAAGAUCUACAACUUGUCAACGAACUUCAAAACAUACUUGACGGAAUAUAUUCAUCCAAUCGUAGAAGGAAAAAAAGAGAACUGCCCAUAUACUUUGAACAAAUUCCUUUGACACAAAAUGUUGCUUUUGCCAACACUGAGGUACCACAAAUAUUAAAUGAAUGGAAUGAAAAGGAGUUGAUGGAAAAUAAUCGUGAACCAAAAACUGUUAUAAUAAGAGAAAAAAGGCAUCCACGAUCCCUACGACAUUUAAAAAGAAAAAAGAAAUAUAAGGUAUUUCAGAAAUCCAAUCCUCAUGAACGUUUUUUAGGCCAAAGUUUGCAAAAUUCUACGUAA